CAGUUGAAUGACAUCAAAUGAAACACGGGAGUUUACAGCGAGUCCUUUUGAGUUUUGCGCGUAGCUUGUCUUCCGAUCCAGGAGACAGUACGUUUUAUUGAAAAUCAUGGAAGAAAAAUCGAAUUCGUUUUCCAGCAACAAAGAAGUGGAAAAAGCAGAUGGGAAUAAUAUAUUUCAGAGGCAAGACUCGAUACAGAAGAAGAAUAUGGGGAGCCAGAACAUGAAAUCAGGGGACCACCCGAACUCGGUGGGCUUCAAGGGUGACCAGGAGGAAGCCUUGGUCGGGUUCGACGAUCUAGACGGGUCCGGGAACCGACACGGCUUUAUGCAGAGGCAAUUUGGAGCGAUGAUGCAGCCUGGCGUCAAUAAGUUCUCCCUGCGAAUGUUCGGCAGUCAGAAAGCCGUUGAGAAAGAGCAAGAAAGGGUCAAAACUGCGGGAUACUGGAUCAUUCACCCCUAUAGCGAUUUUAGGUUCUACUGGGACUUGGUAAUGCUGGUCAUGAUGAUGGGGAACCUGAUCAUCAUUCCUGUAGGAAUAACCUUCUUCUCGGAGCAGACCACCACCACCUGGCUAAUAUUCAACGUAGCAUCAGACACAAUCUUCCUCGUGGAUCUGGUCAUGAACUUUCGCACUGGAAUCGUCAACGAGGAGGGCUCCGAGAUCAUCCUGGACCCCAAGGUCAUCAAAAUGAACUACCUGAAGAGCUGGUUUGUGGUCGACUUCCUCUCGUCCAUACCAGUGGAUUAUAUAUUUCUAAUAGUGGAAAAGGGGUUUGACUCAGAAGUGUACAAGACGGCGAGGGCGCUGAGGAUCGUUAGGUUUACUAAGAUUCUGUCUCUUCUGAGGCUGCUGAGACUUUCCAGACUCAUCAGAUACAUACAUCAGUGGGAAGAGGUACAGCUGUUCUCAUGCCCCCACUGCUCUCAUGUCCCCACUGCUCUCAUGCCCCCACUGCUCUCAUGCCCCCACUGCUCUCAUGUCCCCACUGCUCUCAUGCCCCCACUGCUCUCAUGCCCCCACUGCUCUCAUGUCCCCACUGCUCUCAUGCCCCCACUGCUCUCAUGCCCCCACUGCUCUCAUGCCCCCACUGCUCUCAUGUCCCCACUGCUCUCAUGCCCCCACUGCUCUCAUGUCCCCACUGCUCUCAUGCCCCCACUGCUCUCAUGCCCCCACUGCUCUCAUGUCCCCACUGCUCUCAUGCCCCCACUGCUCUCAUGCCCCCACUGCUCUCAUGCCCCCACUGCUCUCAUGCCCCCACUGCUCUCAUGCCCCCACUGCUCUCAUGUCCCCACUGCUCUCAUGCCCCCACUGCUCUCAUGUCCCCACUGCUCUCAUGCCCCCACUGCUCUCAUGCCCCCACUGCUCUCAUGCCCCCACUGCUCUCAUGCCCCCACUCUGAGAGCCGUGUGA